AUGGAGAACUCCGUAAACAAAUGCGGGAGAGUAUUCUCUAACCACCAAAUCAGAACAAUACACGAAGAAGAUGAUCAAGAAGAGAGUAGUUGGAUAAUCUACUUUGAAGAUAUUGAUCAUGAAGAUGAAAUGAUAGAAACCGAAGAAGAAUUGAGCCAUUACUACGAUAAUGAUUCCUCAAUGAUCUCAGACGCUGCAUCUCCUGUCCACAACAGAAAUACUAAUAAUGCUGUUCUUCGAAGGGCUAAUAGCAUUAAUAUAAACCCUAAAAGGAGACGACUCAUUCAUCAACACAAAGAAGAAGAAGAAAAACAAAAAGGAGAGGAAGAAGAAGACGAAGAAGACACGGCCUCUUCUCCUUCUAAUAAAACCAAGGGUUUUAGCGUGUUGGAUGUCGCGGACGAUGAUACAAAACAUGCAAAAUUCAUGGACAAUAUUAUUACAUCCGAGGAGAGAGGAUGCAUAACAGACACAGGAUCAAAGAUCAGUGAAGUUGUGCAUGAAGUAUUCUUCUCUGCAGAAUUGAAGAAGAGAGGACUUUGUGUAGUUCCUUUAUCCAUGUUAUCUAACUUUAUUGCUUGA